AUGUAUGUUUCACCUAUCCUAAUGUCAGAAAUUGUGACGUCGACACCGAAGUACAUGAGAUAUGUGCUUGGCAAUUUUACGCCGGCCGAAAUGGUCACCGACGGCAAUUUUCUGAUCUACAGUGUAGAGAUGGGAUUGUUGACGAUUGGAGUGCUGGAAAAUUUGUGUAUGAUUGUUGCAGUUAUGUCGACAAGUGCACUGCAUUUGAACCUUCGAAUCCUAAUCUGCAAUUGCUGCAUCGGGUUCAUCCUUAUGGCAGCAGGUCGUGCCAUGAUCGCCAUUCCCCUUUGUAUUGCUCACCUUCGUGACGUGGAUAUUUCCAGUCAUGCGUGGUGUUUUGUUGCAAACGCAGUGCAUCACUCGUCGGCUGACUCGGUUUGUCUCUCAUUCGUAUUCAUUAUGCUCGAGCGGACAGCCGGUACGAUUUGGUCUAAAGACUACGAGAAAAUCAAAAUUCACAUUUUUCCAUGCGUUUUUGCUUUCUUGCAGUGGCUGAUCCCAAUGUCUAUGAUCCUUGGAAACUACCUGGACAGGGCUAAUCGUAUGCAUUAUUUUCUAGAAUAUCCCCAUUUACCAUGCCAAGUAGAAUAUUUGACACCAUCCAUGUUCAUUAUAACCAUCUUUAUCAUUUUGAUAGGAUUUAUAGCUAGUGUAGUGGGGAUGACCGUAGUUUACAAGAAGAACAUCAGCAAGUACAAUGCUCGAGAGAUAUGGUUCACCAACUCGAAUUUGAGUGAGCGCUAUCAAAUUUCGGAGAAUAUUCGAUCCACUCAUUUGCUUUUUCCGUUGCUUUUAUUGAUGUUGGUUUUUUCGAUAUUAUCUGUUGCUGUUCUCGUAUAUGGAGGAUAUUGGGUGGGAGUGAUGACAAAAAAGCCAACGAGAUUUGAGGAAGUCGUCAAGUGGUUCGGAAGAGGAGGAGAAGCCGCGCAACUGUUUGACAUCAUCACCGCCAUUUACACAAUCUCCUUCCCAAUCUGCGCAUUCAAAUGUCAUCCGAAUUUGUUCCGACGUCUUCGACGAGUCAUCGGAUGGAAUUCCUAUGCAACAAAAUGCGAAUGGAAGCAAAACUGGAAAAAUGCAGAGGGUGUAAAAAGGAAACUAGAUGCCGGACCAUCGGGAGUGCAAUAUUUCUAUUUUUGUAAAGGAGAACGAACUGAAAAUUGUGGAGUUUGGGUGGAUGAGGAGAACAAAGCAAUCGAAAACUACGAUUCUAACGAUCGUCUGACUGGAGAUGUAUUCGUUAUUGAAAAAAUGGGAAUUCCGGUUUUAGGAGUCUAUGCGAAGUUUCCAGAAGAGAAGGAAGAUAAACGUCUGAUAAUUGAGUAG